AUGUCUCAAAACGACUUCAAGACCGUCUUCACGCCUCUUCCUCGCCUGAAAGGUGAAUCCAACUGGAACACAUGGCGCAUGCUUGUUACAGCGACCCUGCGAGGAUACGACUUCGAGAUAUUCCUCGAGACUGACGUCCCUCGCCCUGCUGACCCUAUCGCUGCAGAGGAAUGGAGAAAGAACCGUAACGUCACGAAUGGUCUCCUCAUGAACGCCAGCGAAUCGGUUCUUGACAGACUCUGCACAGCGGGUUGGGUUGACGAUGGAAACCCUUACGAAUUGUGGCAGGCGCUCGAGAAGCACAUUCCGAGAAUCUCACAAGACGCCACAGCUGCCCUUGUUGACGAGUUUGCCAAGACCACCGCCAACGAUCACAAGACUCUUCACGAUGCCCUCAAUCGCUGUCACCACCUCAGAAAGCGUAUUGAGACCAUUCACGGUCGUCUGCCAGACUCCUUCCUCGCUGUUUUCCUCCUUAACUUCUUUAAGGACCGACUUCCCGAUACGUACAAGCAUUUCACAUCGAAGGGCGCCACCCAUCCCACGUGGAAUGAGGUGGCUGAUACGAUUUACACGCUUGCCCAAGACGAGGAUCAAAAGCGCAGUUAUGCCACUAUUCGCAACACACCUGGAGGCAAGUCUGCUGGCAGUGGGGGUCCUGCCUCUCCAGCCGUCACCACCACCGUCACCUCCACUGUCACUGCCUCCAAGGAAAAGAAGAAUUGA